AUGAUCUUUUUAUGUAUUGUAACAUUUGUGUGUUUGUCCUCAGGGGAAUCUGGUCUGGGGAAGUCGACACUUAUCAACUCUCUGUUCCUGACUGACCUGUACUCCAAGGAUUACCCGGGGCCCUCGCAGCGCAUCAAGAAGACUGUGCAGGUGGAGCAGUCCAAGGUGCUGAUAAAGGAGGGGGGUGUCCAACUGACGCUCACAAUUGUGGACACUCCAGGGUUUGGAGAUGCAGUGGAUAACAGCAACUGCUGGCAGCCAGUCAUUAACUACAUUGACAGUAAGUGUGAGGACUUCCUGAACGCAGAGUCCAGAGUGAACCGCAGAUCCAUGCCCGACAACAGAGUGCACUGCUGCCUGUACUUCAUCGCCCCCUCUGGACACGGUCUGAAACCGCUGGACAUUGAGUUCAUGAAGAGACUCCAUGACAAAGUCAACGUCAUCCCUCUCAUUGCAAAAGCCGAUACUCUAACCCCAGAGGAGUGCCAGCUCUUUAAGAAACAGAUAAUGAAAGAGAUCCAGGAGCACAAGAUCAAAAUCUAUGAAUUCCCAGACACGGAGGAUGACGAGGACAACAAGCUCAUCCGAAAGAUUAAGGAGAAGAUGCCACUGGCAGUGGUCGGCAGCAACGUGGUGAUCGAGGUGAACGGCAAGAAGGUCAGAGGUCGCCAGUACCCAUGGGGCGUGGCGGAAGAGGGCAUUUUUGUGGAGAACGGGGAGCACUGUGACUUCACCGUGCUGCGCAACAUGCUGAUCCGGACGCAUAUGCAGGACCUCAAGGACGUCACCAACAACUUCCAUUAUGAAAACUACCGCAGUAAGAAACUGGCUGCUGUCACCUGUAAUGGAGUGGACACCACCAAGACCAAGGGACAGCUCACCAAGAGCCCCCUGGCCCAGAUGGAGGAGGAGCGCAGGGAGCAUGUGAUGAAGAUGAAGAAGAUGGAGGCAGAGAUGGAGCAGGUGUUUGAGAUGAAGGUGAAGGAGAAGAAGCAGAAACUGAAGGACUCGGAGGCUGAGCUGGAGCGACGCCACGAGCAGAUGAAGAGGAACCUGGAGGCGCAGUACAAAGAGCUGGAGGAGAAGAAGCGGGUGUUCGAUGACGAGAAGCUCCACUGGGAGGCUCAGCAGAGGAUCCUGGAACAGCAGAAGCUGGACGCCUCCAAGACGAUGGAGAAAAACAAGAAGAAAGGAAAGAUCUUCUGAAGAGAACGAUUCUUCACUUUUAAACAAACUCGGUUUUCCUUCAUCCCCUCUGAAGUUCACAUGUACUGUGGCCCUCCAAACACACACACUAACACACACACACAUUAACAGAUUUUUUUUCCACAACAUCCCUCUAUGCUACAUUUAACAUGUACCACUUGUGACGGAUGGAAGACACACACACACACUCGUCUCUCAGCAGGGUUACCGUACCUGUUGAAACUUCUUGUUUCCAUGGGGAAUGCAAGUUUUUGUGAAAUUCUAUUUUCCUAUAUUUCCUGACAAAGGCGAGACCCUUCCUCUGAGCUACAGUACGACACGCGGCAGGGACCACCCAUAGCCAUCUGCUCACAUGUAGUAGUGUAUGUUCUCUAGAUAUUCCAUAGAUCUUCAGGUAGACGUACUGUCUCUCUUCUUUGAUUCUUCCCAAAAACAACAUAACACACUGUACUGUAUUCAAGCACUCUGUCAUAAAGACCUCAUAAGAGUGUGUUAAGAGAAGGGAGAGUGUAUGUGAGUGAAGGGAACUGCGUCGGGAGCGGGGGGGAGUCAGGUGGGAAUAAGGCCCGUUCAUAGAAAGUCAAAAUAAUCAGCAAAUCUUUUAAAAGUGGAAUACUACAAGUCUAUUUGCCAGCACUGUGAACCCGGAAAUAUUGAGUACCCCAAAGUUUUAUGUCAUAAAUGUAUAGCACAUAGAAACUGCCGGAUGCUAACCUGCAUAUGUUGUGCAAUUUGCACAAAGACAUCAGUUGCAUUCAUUAGCUUAUGCAGACAUAGAUAAAACAUGGCUUGGUCAAUUUUGGUGUGUUUUUGGAGGUUAUUGAGGAUGUUGAAUCAAUUUCUGACUUUUCAGGAUCAUAAGUGGCAGUUUUCAGCCCCUUAAAACUUUCAAAUCGACCCAAAAUUAAUCAAAAUCAGUCCACCUGGACGUCAGAAAUGGACUCAACAUCCUCAUUAAUUAUUGCUAAUUAAUGUAACAUUGCGCAAAUUGCCCAACAUGCAAGUUAGCAUCCAGCAGUUUCUAUGUGCUGGGGACCUGAACUAUACAUUAUCAUAAAACGUUUGGGGUUCCCAACUUCUCCGGGGUCACUCUAGGACUCUAAGAGCUGGCAGAUAGACUAACCUGGUAAUGACUACAUGUAAGGCCAGUCAAGAAACCUCUGUUACUGAAGAGCUUAAUACUUACGUGUUAUUGCUAUUUGGUCAGUUUCACUUUUUAGCAAAUAUGUCUUUGGAAUAAAUGACCAUAACUUACCAAACUUAUUGUCCUUUUUCCAACGUUUUUGUAUUUAAAAAAAAAUGUUUGCUGCAAUGCUUCCUGUCUCAUAACUGUCUUCAGGACAUUCCUCUUUUAUGGAGCAGUUUUCAUUCCAGCAGGGAGAUCAAUCAAAAGCUAAUUGUAGCGGUGAAAUAACAAAACAAAGUGGGGCACCAGUAAGCAAAUCUUGUGAUGGGGAAAUUAUCCAAUCUUUAGGCAAGAACGUCAUCUUUGUUAAUUUAUUUUGUAAUUAUCCAAAUAUCCCACAUAUAUAGAACAAUUAAUUCACCUGUGGCUUUUCCUGUGUUUUCACUGCCCCAGCAGCAUUUUUAUUUUGAGUUAUAUAUGUUCCGUUUUAUUUCCUUAUUUCACUGCUAAAAAGUAAAACAAACAUUUACCUAUACUGGUGUAAAACAGCUGAUCAACUACAGCAGCUCCCCUUUAUUUUGGACUCAAGCACUGUGUAGUCAGCGUAAAUUAAAGGGAAAGAUAUGCCCCCAUGGAAGCAAAUCCACCAAUCAAAAAAAUGUCCACCUUAAAUGUGGGCGGGGCCGGGCCUUCAGGCAGGUUUUUUGUGUGUGUGUGUGUGUGUGUGUGUGUGUGUGUGUGUGUGUGUGUGUGUGUGUGUGUGUGUGUGUGUGUGUGUGUGUGUGUGUGUGAGCAGUGAGCAGUGUUGUAAUAAUGCUGUGUUUGAGGUCAUAGAAACUGCAGGGAAAUGCGUAUCAUGCAACAGCAGAAAGGAUUCCAUGCAGUGUGUGUUUCCCAUUAAAAGACAUUAUGCAAAGCCUAAUUGGCGUCUCCAACUCUAUAGGCCACCGUGAUUACAAAGGUGUUUAAUAUAGUGAUUCAAGUGAUGGAUGUUGUCAUAGAGCUGAACCCUGUGUGUAAAGGGACGAUUCAUCAAAAACAAGAAUUAUUCCUGUUCCUUUCUCCCUGGAAAGUUAAAUGUUUGGAGGACUUAGCCAAGUCAGCUGUGUCUCUGAAUUUAUUUUUGGAAUAUUCCACUAUAAUAUUAUACAUAACUGCUUCCUCAACAACAAAACAUUCCCCCUCUGAUACUCUCAAAUGAUCCACAGUCCACAUCGGAGUCAAAUCAAAGUCAGCCAUAGUGAUGUGUUCCAACCUUUUACUAUACCUUUCCAAGAGUAUAAUGUUUAUUUUCAUAUGAUGAUGUUGUUAAUAAUGCUAUAUGUAAGAUCAAAAAACAAAAUCCCUUGUGGUUUUCUUAAGACUCGUUUAGUUAUCUGUUCUUUUUAGUAUAGUUUUUAAAAUGCCUGCAGUCUUCAUGUUGCAUUUAAAGACAAAAUGCUAAACCCUUACACCUUAUCACAUAAAAUAUUACCUUUGUGGAUUUGUUUGAUUUUAUUGUGUACCUACUGGAGGCUGCUCUGUGACCUUUUUCUUUUGUUUUUUUCAGAUGAUAUGCCAGGAACAGAACUUGUACUCAGAUCAGAACCUAUUAUAUACUUGUCUUAAGAAUACACAAAUACAGUACAUUUCUUUACAUGUAUACACACACAUAUACUGUAUACAUCCAUGCCAAUGAGUACACUUUCUCAGGACUGCUGUUAUAAAGUCCAGAGGAAGUCAUGCUACAAGUUAAAAUUGUGAUUUCUUUUUUUAAAUGCUUGUGAACCACUUGCCCUUGGAAUACACACCACAAGUUAAGAUAAGUUUAGGUGAUUUUUUGUUGUUGUAAUAUUAUCUAUUAUCCUUUUUUUAUAUAUGUACACUCUUUACUGCUUCUCUUCUUUGUUCGGUCUCUAACUGUACAUGGUUAAUAAAGUUGACUUGGUUAUGCUUUAA